UCGUCAAAAACGAGGGAGGGUCAUCCAGACGGACCGCAGAGAACGACCAUCAUGAGGGGUGUUUUCCUGAUUGCAAGCUGUCUGCUGGCUUCGCUGGUGGUUGUCAGCCAUGCAGCGACUCUCAGACAGCACCAUAUGGUGCUGGUUGCAAACGCGGGCUGCAGCGGUGCGGGAGAGCCGUUCCCCAACCCUGAUGACUGCGGCAGCUUCCUGCAGUGCGAAGCAUCGGGCGUCGCAGCGGUCAAGCAGUGCCCCGCCAACCUGCACUUCAACGCGGAGCUCAAAGUGUGCGAUUACCCGUGGUCCGCCAACUGCAAGGAGGCGGACAGCUCGUCUUCGGACAGUUCUUCUCAAGAAGACGACGAUUCCUCAUCUGAAGAGGCAGACAAGGCCGUUGCUAAAGUCAGUAAGAAACUAGCGUCAGGUGCACCAGCAAAGAAACCGAAGGCCAUUGCUCUUCAUGCCUAAGAUUGGAUUACAUUUCUCCAUGCGCCACGUCUGACAAAGGUCUGAAUGACUCACGUACGUUCAACUAGUUCGCUUUUAUUGCUUGGUAGUAAAAAUUCACGAAAACAGUUCUGUGACAAAUGCAUCUCUUUCAUAAACCGACACCUUUUGACUUUCUGGACCAAUACGUCUGUGAUAAAAGACGACUGUAAGAACUAUAUGUCUCGUUCGACUCAAGCUUUUCAAAGCGGCUUACUGCUAACUUUGUUCACUUUUGACGUAACCUGUGCUGUGAGGAAAGCAGUAUAACAGGAAUAAAAGUUGCACCUAAGAAAUAUUAAUUUGGUAUGCGGUUAUUUACGUGGCUGUCUAUGUCAGAAGCCAAGAAAUAAGUAAAGAAUAAAACUACGGCCGUUAUUCAUGUGACACAAACAGAUUGACUGUUGUGCUAGAAUGUAGCUAUUAAAAUUGUAAUUUAGAAUGUAGUGAUCAGCAAUUAUUUGAAAUAAAUAUAA